AUGGACGCUAUACCCCGCUCAAAGCCGGACAGACAGGACAAUGCGGAGGACACAGCCGAUGUGAACCAGUACCGGUACCCUCCCUUACCCUCCACCGGGCACACGAGGCUCGUCAGCCUGCAUCCUGCGGGCACGACCGAUGAGGACCUGGUGGUGGACCUGAACCCGACGCCCAUUGUUCCUGACGGACCACUCUACUAUGAAGCAGUCUCAUACGUUUGGGACACGGACCAGACUCCCUUCUCGGUCUACGUUGGAAAAGAAAAGACCACCGUGGUCUCAGUGACGCGAAACUUGGCCGUCGCCCUCCGCAAUAUGCGGUACCCAGACAGGCCGCGGAGGCUCUGGAUUGACGCGCUAUGCAUCGACCAGUCCAACGAUCUCGAGAAGGGGCCCCAGGUUGCGCAGAUGGGCGCCAUCUACAGCUUCGCGGCCCACGUCAUCGCCUGGCUCGGCCCAGAACAGCACGAGAGCACCCGCGCGCUGAGGUUCAUCGCCCGCAUGGGCACGCACGUCGAUUACGAGUUCCCAGCGUGGCUCAAGCACGUGGGCGUCCCAGAAAACAAGGCUUAUUCGUCCCCGAUGCCGAAGAUGAACCCAGACGGGACCAUCCUCAUUACCCCCGAGGACACCCGCUCGAUCUACCAUCUCCUCUGCCGGGGUUGGUUCUCCCGGCUCUGGAUCCGCCAGGAGAUCCUCGCCCUCGAGAAAGAGGCCGUGGUCCAGUGCGGGACCUGUGCUGUCGCGUGGCCUCUGUUCCGGCGCGGCCUGGUGGGCCUCUACAAGAGCAACAGGCACCGUCCGCCGUGCGAGUAUGAGACCAGGCUGUACGAGCGGAUCCUUCUCCUCAGGGGCUUCAUCGGGCAACCGUCGACGGUGGGGCUCGGGUUCAUCCGUGUCGCCUUUGGACAGUCCAGCUGCUCGGACAGGCGGGACAGGGUCUACGCGGUGCUGAACUUCUUGCCCGAGGCGGAGAGGGAGGUGGUCGGUAUCCCGGACUACACGAAGGAUUUUGGUACUGUCUUCCGGGAUGUCCUGUGGCGGUGGAUCGUCCGUUUUGAAUGCUGCAACCUCUUGAGCCAGUGCGAACCCCAGCCGGACGAUGGGCCGGAUGUGCCCAGCUGGACACCGGACUGGUCAAAAAAGGAAACCAUCUUCGGGAGGAUGUUCUGGAGGGGCCUCGCCUCGUCGCAGCUAGCAGCUGUCUGCACGCUGUCCCCCGACCGUCGCACCCUGACCCUGACAGGCACCUCGACGAUGACGAUCACACGUCUGCAGCCUGUGCCGGACAUACUGACAGCCAGACACAUCAGAGAGGUCGCGGACGCUAUCCGGCAACUCAUUCCGGAGAGCGAGCUGACUGGCGACUACGUGACCGGGAUCACCAUGAAGGAGGCAUACACGAGGACAAUCCUUGCCAAUGCUCUAGCAGAGCACAGAGAGCCGUGGGUCGGCCACGAGCCCGGCCUAGAGGACGCAAUGCGCACGCUCGAAGACCUCUACCGGCCCGAGGCACAAAGAGAUCUCGAGGACGAGUCCUUGGGGCCACAUACCGGCUUCUUUGGCGUGUCGCGGGCGAUGAUAGGAGGCAGGCAGCUGAUGCACACGAGCGGCGGGCAUCUGGGGAUCGCACCCCCGCUGGCCCGGCAAGGAGACAUUGUCUGCGUCUUCAUCGGGUGCCACACGCCCAUGGUUCUCCGGCCUCAUGGGGAGGACCAGUUCCGUAUAGUAGGCGAGUGUUAUGCGCUCGGAAUUUCUGAAGGGGAAGAACUACUGGGUCCGUUGCCGCCAGACAUCCGCAGAGUCUAUGCUUCGAGCCGGGAAUGGGGCGUCCAUUCGUGCUGGGAAGACGCCCGGACCAGGGAACGCUCGCUGAUGGACCCGCGGCUUGAACAACAGGAUCCCUACGCCAAACUUAAGCUCACCGCGGAGGAUUUAGAGAAAUUGAGCUCAGGUGUGCGGGAAUUUGAUAUAGUAUAA